GAGGUGUGCGGCGCAAAUAAAUAUAAAUAAAACCCACCCCUGGGGGGUGAAAAUAAUACUUUUUUGGUCUUCCUUAGGCAGACCGCCCCGGAUGUAGCGCCGGUGGGGGCGGGAGGCGCGCGCUGUUCGGUUGGCGGCGGGCGGUGAUGGCCGCGGAGUGGCGGCGGCGGGCGGCUGCCGAGCUGUACGGCCGCCUCCUCCGAAUAUAUGAAGAAGGAAGGGAAAGUACCCCCGAACACCCGUGUCUCUUUGAGACUGAUGUAGAGAUCUGUUUGAUUGGUGGUAGUCGCAAAAGUCCCAUUGAAAGAUUUUGGAAUGGCAACAAUAUGAUAUAUAUUUUGCAAAAAGCGAGACACAAUGAAGAAAGUGAUACAAUGGAAGAAUCAAAACCAGAUGAUGCUAUUUAUGCCUCUGAGCUUUUACCAAAGGAGAAUUCUGGACCAGUGGCUCUUUCUGUUAGAAGAGCAAAGUAAGUGUCAAAGGCAGUUGAUUUCCUUAUAUACAAUGGUCCAAAAUCCAAACAUGACCCACUUGAACAUAAGUGACCUGGUUGUGCUUCCUCCCCUCUGGAUAAGGUGUGACGGUUCUGAUCCUGAACAUACUUGUUGGCUUGGAGCUGAGCCUCUCAAAGCUGGAAACAAAAUUACAGGGAUAAAUUUUUAUAUGGUUACAUGUGAUGGUCCUACAGCUGAUAAAACCUAUUUUGCAAACCUGGAAGAGCUCAAAAUGGCACAUAAAAUGAAGCAUCAUUCAUCUAUUGUGGUGACAAAAGGAUUUGCUCAGUAUGAACUUAUUAGAGCUGCUGUAAUAGAGGACACAAUUGUAGAAUCUGAAAGCAAUAUAUAUGUUGAUAUUACAUGGAAUACUGUAAAUAAGAUUCUGGAGACACCCCCACUAGUUUCAGCUGCCACACUGAAUAUUACACUGGAGUCUGGGGACCCCAGAAGUCCUGUAUAUCAGCUAUAUAGAGAACUGCAGUUUCUCCUUGCUUUGGCCGAAGGUUUGAAGACCAGUGUGACUGAGUGGCCUGAGCCAUUAGAGUCUGAAUCAGCUGUUGAACUGGUCCAGGAAUUUCUCACUGAUUUAAAGAAGAAGCUGGAUGGAUAUUGUAUACCUGGAAGCAAGAAUGAAACAGAGAAAAUCAAAUGUGAUACAGCUGCAGUGGACAGUUCAAUAAAAUCAAUCUUCAGUGAGCGAGGAGACCUGGAUUUUGCUGAACAAUUAUGGUGCAAAAUGAGAAGUGUCAGUUCCUAUCAGGAGUUGAUAGAAUGUUUCACACUGAUCAUAAAAUCUCUGGAACAUGGUGAGAUACAGCCAUGGAUUCAUCAAGGGAGUAGCAGUUUGCUAAGUAAAUUGAUUCAACAGUCUUAUCAUGGAAAGAUAGAGGUCGUUUCCCUCAGUGGCAUCACUCCAAUUCAAAUGCUCUUGGAGAUUGGUUUGGAUAAGAUGAAGAAGGAUUAUGUCAGUUUUUUCAUAGAAACUGAGUGUCUAGUUAAGAGCAGAAGCUGUUUGCUGUUCCAGGAUUACUUCAUUUCCACAUCAGUAGAUCUACAAGAACAAGUUCAUCGUGUUCAAAAGCUUCACCAUAUGCUGGAAAUAAUGGUCAGCUGCACAGUCUUACUUCAGUUUAAACAUGAGAACCUCUUCCCUUUGACACAAAUUUGCAUGAAGUAUUAUAAGGAAAAUCCUCUAAAUGAGAAGCAUGUGUUUCAACUGCCAAUCAGACCAGCACUUGUCAAGAAGUUCUAUCAGAAUGAUCACCCAGAAAUAUGGAAGGUGGACAUAAGUAGUGGGCAUGGACAGAAGGAGGUUAAAACAACAUGGCAAGUUAGUACUAAUCCUCCAGUUAAACAUAUGACAUCAAACAAUACAGGUCUCUUUUCUGAUUCCACAGUUAAUGGAAGCAGUGAAGAAAGAAUGUAUUUUAUUACAAUGGCUAAGUGCAGUCAGGUGCAUUUCACAUAAAUGCACGUUACUUUACAGGCAGGCACUUGAAAGGUACAGUAAAGGGGAAAGUUCAGUAUUAUCUGUGUUCCAACAGUAUAUUUAGAAAUGCUGUAUGAUUUGAAGAACAGUACAUCUUACCGAGUUAUUUGCUUUAGUGUGCUUGAAGUGUGACGUACACAGCCAUAAUUCAUGUGUACAUAUCUAGUUUGUUUAUAAAUGUUGUGCAAUUAUGAAUGUGUAAUUAUUUUGAAAAUAUAGGAGAUUUUUGUUUGUGUAUUUACAAACAUUCAAUAAAGUACUGCACUUUGGGGUUUUAAAUUUUAUUUUUAUUCAUUAAGAAUGCAAUCAGACACUGUUCAAAAUGUGAAUUAGCUUAACCCAACAAAACAAGCAAUAUUGUAAUGUUUUCCUGGUGUCAAGUGACAUUUCAUCAUCCAGAUAUAUUUGGAAAGCUGUUCAUCCAGGACAUUGUGAAUUUCUGACAAAUUGAUUUUCUUUGCCUCCAUGUUUAUAUUUUGGAGUAUUCUUGGAUAUACUUCUCUCUCUUCUUCAGAUUCAUUUUUUCCCUCAGUGCAAAGUGAAUUAUUUUAACAGUGUUGUCUUGUAUGCUUUUGCAUAAUUUUGUUGAAAAAAAAAAAGUUCAAUAUAAUUGGCUGGGCAUAAUCAUUUAAAUAUGUUGGGAUGACAGUUGCAUAUGUUCUUAUGUUGAUUAGAUAGUGUAUGUAACGUCUUGGUAGUGUAAUUUUAAACAAUUACAUAGUGUAGUAUAUGAUGAUUAAAUAAUUUGAGACAAACAUUCUGCAUAAAAAACUAUUAACUAUUGAUAAGAACAAGGAAACCCCCAAUAGUCAUGCUUUUAAAAAACUAUAACUUUCUAUUAUUUCUGGUUUCUCCUCAGUAAAUCUUAUUUCUUAUCUCUUUCCUAAUAUUACAUCUUAAUAACUAUCAGUUUAAUAGUUAGCCUUUGAAGAGAAGCCAAGGUUCUUUUUUGGAUUUAGGUACUGCUACUUUGCAUUCAUUAUAUGCACAUGCAGUGCUGAAAAUAUAGUGCAAGCUAAAUAGGAAACUUGUUUGUUGCUUUGCUUUAGAGGAAUAAUUUCAAGCACAACAGGAGGACAAACAUAGCCAGAUGUCCAUAUUCUGGAACAAAUUUUUAAUCAUGUACUUAACUUGUUCCUACCUGCAGUAGAAGUGAACCUGAGGUGGAAUAUUACAUUCUGGAAGUGCUUGGAUUACUUAACAAUACACAUUUCUGUGUGUAAUAUAUUAUAAAGUUGUAUGAGGCAAACCUAGUUCCCUGUAAACAAAACUAGAGAGAUAAGAGUCCUUGGUUUAAAUCUGACCCAGCAGUUGUCAUCUUUGAUUAAUCACUUCAAGUAAUUUUUCUCCACACCUGAAUAAUAAGAUGUAUAUUAUCCUAACUUUUAGACAUGAAUAAUAAAGUAAUGUUUAAGCAGU